AUGCCGUCCUCGCGAACUUCGGCCUGUCGUCGAGGAGCUGACAAGAGGGUGCUAGAUGCGGAUUUUGCUACUCGGACAACUAUUGCAAGAAUGUGUAAUAUACACAUCCAAGAGCUUGCCCGACGUAUUCUAAUUGAUGCAGUGAACCAGCAGAUGGCAACGGCUGCCGCGAGUUCGUGGGCUGAUGAAGCAAACCGUGCUGUGCUGAAAUCCUACAAUGCAAUUGCGGCAGCCCUAGAAGCGCUUGUGGCAGCCAUUCAGAAGCACUCUAGCAAUGUAUUCACUAUUUAUCGGAGCAUCCGCAACCGAAAAGAGCCUAUCGGCAUGCACGAUGACGCCACCAAAGAAGCAGGUCGUGCUGUAUUUGUUAUCCUACGUAACUGCGAAGCAGCCCUUCAAACCACUAAAGGCAAUAUCAAGGCCAAUCAAGACGCCAUCAACCAUGUCAAUCUACGAAUCCGCUACUGGAGUAUGUGCGACGUCACCUACAAUCACGACAACAAUUACGGAGGACACGUCGCGAGUGUUGCCGACCAACGGGCGGUGCUGGAUUACAUACAUCGGCAACAAGCAGAUCGCGAAUGGCUUACGCGGGUUGGGAAAUUUAUAGUGGCACUUAUGGGCCAGAGAUGCGAGGAUAUCGACGACUUUGAGUAUCGCUCCAACAAUGCGCUGUGUAUCUUCAAUCGGCACAUUACAUUAUUGAACCGCCAUGAGCACUGGCUACGCAUCGCGACUCGGAGUCUUGUCGAGCCAUAUGUGGUGUCGCUAGAUCGUGAGACGUUUUCGGCCCUAAACACUUUUACCAUUGGAUUUGUGGCUCUUGCGGAUGACUUUUCAGUUUCCCUUGAGCUUCACCACCGCCAUGUCCGCAGGGUUCUCAAUAGAAUCCAGAACCGAAAUCAGCGCUGGCGCAUUGAAAACAAUCUGCAGCGGCCUCCUCGGACUCCGGGACAUGCCCAGGCGCCCCCAGGAACUCAACCCUCUUUCCAGGUGGUCUAUUUCGGUGACACACCUGUCCUGGUGCGGAUGUCCGCUCGUGAAGUCGGUCAGCGCGAAGCAUCCACCCCCUCUGCGGGAAACACGACAAACGGACACGGACACGUCAAUCCUGAUGCCGCUGAUCUUGUCUGA